UUCAAGUACUGUAAUAAGGAUGGCCGGUGCAAUUGCGCAGGGUGUAAUUGGCAAACUUACUGAGAUGAUAAUCCAACAAGCAGCUGAAGAAGCAGCGCUGGUGUUCAACUUCACCCGGGACUUUGACUGGUUAAAGGAAGAGCUCACAAGUAUAAGUGCUUGUCUGGCACACGCAGAUUCACGGGCUGUGCAAGAGAAGUCCGUCAAAACAUGGCUGCAUCGCGUUCGGGACGUUGCCUGGGAUGCGGAGGACAUUGUGGAAGAGUGUGCUGUUCGCCGUCUUUAUACUAGCAUCUACAAUCCCGAUGAACUAUUUUUCCGCUCUAGAAUGGGAAAAAGAAUUCAACAAGUGAAAGAAGGAAUCAAAUCCAUUAGACAAAGUGGAAAGCAGCUCAAGCUUUUCCGUGAUUUAGUGCCGCCUGCCUCCGAACCGCCAUCAAGCAGUGCAGGUGGAAGUGCAGGUGGAAGAGCGUGGAGGGGAAAUAGUCUCCUACCCCGCGAUUCCCACCCUGUGGCGAUUGAACCCAAACUUCAACACCUUAUCUCUUUGAUUGAUGAAUCAAAUGUUCCCGUCAUUGCCGUGGUGGGGAUGGGCGGAGCAGGGAAGACGUUUCUUCUCCAAAACGUUUUGCACAGAGUCAAGCAAAGGUACGACCAUUCGAUAUGGCUUCCCAUAUCACAAUCAUAUUCUGUUCAUAAAUUACAGUGCGAUUUAGCGUCGCACAUGGGAGAUUUAGAAGUUAGGGUGAAAGAUGUAAGCGACGAGCGAGCGGCUGAGCUGAUUCAUGCCAGUUUACAAGGAAAAAAGUCUCUCAUCGUGCUGGAUGAUGUCUGGAGGGCAGCUCGAGAAGAUAACAUCAUUAGGAGCCUUGGUCUUCCAACUGGGCAUGACAGCCAGUGUAAAGUGCUGGUUACAACAAGAAGCAGGGAUGUUUGCCAAAACCUUGGCGCUUUCCCUUACAAGAUGGAGCUUUUAUCAGAGCAAGAGAGUUGGGAGCUAUUCUGUGCUCAUGCUUUCGCUGGUAAUCCCCCACCGUAUCACCUUCAAGUGAUAGCUCAACAAAUUGUAAAGCAAUGUGGAAGGUUGCCAUUGGCUCUCAAGAUAACGGGAGCUUCUCUAUCCGUUUGCACAGAAAUAAGUCAGUGGAGCUCCAAAUUGCAUGAGCUCAUGGAGGUUGCUAAUGUCAAUACGGACCCAGUUAUGAAGAUUCUCAGAUUAAGUUAUGACUCCUUGCCUGCAACUCUUAAGCCAUGCUUUUCUUAUUUGUCCUUCUUUCCUCAGGAUGAGAGAAUAGAUUGUGAAUAUCUCAUAAAUCUCUGGAUAGCAGAAGGAUUGAUUCCACAAAAAGAAGAUCAGUUGGAUGUUGCUUGGGGUUAUUUAUAUCAAUUGGCCAAUCUGUGCUUGGUUGAAGUAUGGGAGCGUUGGAGUCUUAUCAAAUAUUGUAAGAUUCAUGACUUGCUAUUUGAUUUGGCAAUAGAUAUAUCUAAAGAAAACAGAUGUACAUUUGAUGUUGUAGAUGUAUUCACAUCCAUGAAAAGAAUUUUAUUGUUUAAAAAAGGGAUAAUAGAGAGCAAGAUCUCUUGUCCUAGGUCUCUCCGCACUCUGUCGUUUUAUAAUAAUCCUAUUGAAAAAAUCAAGGCGAGCUUCUUCAGUCCAAUGAGAUUAUUAAGGGUUCUCGACUUGAGACGAACUCAAAUCUCCACAUUGCCUCACAGUGUUGAAAAGCUAAAACUUCUCAGGCUUUUGAAUUUAUCAGGGACAAAUAUUGAGGAGGUACCAAUCUGUGUGAGAAGUCUCAAGAGUCUUGUCUUGCUCGAUCUAUCUUACUGCCGACAUCUGCAGAGGCUGCCUAAAUGGAUAAGUGCACUCAAACGUCUCCAGCAUCUAAGUAUACUGGCUUGCCACAUUGGGCUGUUGAGUCAUCUACCCAGGGAAAUAUCAGAGCUGGUGUCUUUACGAGUACUGAGAUCAGAUCUUUUAAGGCUUUCUGUUGAAGAGGAUGGAUUCUUAAAGUUGGAGGAUGUCGCCAAAUUACUCCGCCUCCAACAAUUAAGAAUAAUUGUAGAGCAUGAAAAGGGAUUGAAAAGUAUCGAAGAUGGAAUCCUUGCUCAGCUAUUAAAUAUGCGCCAUCUGUCAAUAUCAUCUGGUUUCCCUACAGAAUUGCAUCUACCACACAAUAUCACUGCGCUGCAGUAUCUGCAAACACUUUAUUUGGAGUACUUUGCGGUGCCCAGUUGGGUUUGUAGGGUAACAAAUCUGACACAACUCAUAUUAAAGGGUUCUGAAUGUAGCGAUUAUCCGGCAUUAGAAGCAAUGCCGAACUUGAUGGAGAUGAGAUUAAUGGGUCAUAAGAAUUGUAGAAAAGUACCAAAGGCGUUUGGAAAGUCAUCGGGGUUUCCCAAGUUAAAAUUUCUGACUAUUUCCAGCUUCCCUCUUUUGGAGGAGUUGCCGGAUCUGGAGGAUGGAGCAAUGGCCGUCCUGGAGAAAUUCAAUUUAGAAUGGUGUCCCAGAGUCAAAAAUGUUCCAGAGGGAUUGGAACAGUUGAGAAGGUUAAAUAGUUUGGUCUAUUAUAAGUCAGGAACUGAUGAAUUUAGAGAUAGAUUGAGUGAAGGAGGAGAAGUUUGGGAUAAAAUCAAAGCCAAAAAUCAGCAUGUGAACAUCACAUGUUGAGAAUAGGUCAACCAAAAUAUUAUGUACUUUAUCACAAUUUUGUUUCUCUUUCUUUUA